AUGCCUAAUACAAGUACUACAACAUUAUAUAUUGCGACAUUGCGAAAUAUUUCCAAUCAAAUAACUUUUUCAAUGUCAGUUAUAAUUCUUGUUAUGGGUUUGAUUGGAAAUCUACUCAAUUGUUUAGUAUUUGGUCAACGUUCACUUCGUUCUAAACCAUGUGUGAUCUAUUUUCUCUUGGCUAGUAUAUCGAAUUUAAUCGUUAUUAUUGCCGGUGUAACACCAGGUGCGUUACAAAGUUUUUUUAAGAUUCCAAAUCAAACGGAAACUGUUCCAAUUUUUUGUAAACUACGUUUAAUUGUACUGUUUAUAAUGCGUACUAUUUCCUCUUGGUUACUUACCCUUGCUACAGUCGAUCGUUCGUUGAUUUCAAAUACCAAUGUUCAUCGACGUCGACUUAGUAAUUUGAAGAAUACCUAUAUCUGCAUUUUAAUUGUUAGUAUUAGUUCCAGUUUAAUUUGGGCUCAAGUUGGGUAUUGUUUUGAUGCAAAUUUAAUUGGAACACCACAAAAAUGUUAUGCUAAAUCAGAUGUAUGCCGUAUUUUUAAUGAUCUUGCUCAAUCGUUGAUUACUACAAUCAUACCAGCUUUAGUUAUGUUAGUAUUUGGUCUAUUAACUAUUCGAAAUAUUCGCCAUACUCAACAAAUAAAACCUUCGACUGAUCCAAUGAGCACCACUGUUAGUCGAAACAACCGUAAAGAUGAAAGAAGUUUAACAAUUAUGCUAUUAGCACAAGUAAUUCUCCUCACUAUAUUUACUUUACCACAAGCUAGUCAAAAAUUUUAUUUAACUUAUUCAUUUUAUCAUACCAAGAAUUCAUCACAAAGAGCUUUAGAAAGUCUUAUUUUCAAUUUUGUUCUUCUUCUAACAUAUAUUCCUAGUUGCAUUCCAUUCUAUUUAUAUACAAUUACUGGUGUUAUAUUUCGUCAAACACUUUUCAACGUAUUAAAAAAAGGAUUUGAUUUGAUCAAUUGUUUUCAUUAA